GCGGGCGGUCGGGGCGAGGCUGGGGGAGGCCGAGGGCCGAGGGAGGGUCUUCGCCCUCCCUCCUCCGGCCCAGUUUCCGGAGCUCCCUGCGAUGGAGCUUUGUGAGGAUGCAGGCGUCGGGGCUGCUUGGCGGUGAUGACAUCACCGUGUCACACACAGAAGCCGGGCUGCCGGGGUGGGGGGGCGGUUUAGGAGCAGCUCGGCUUGGACCACACCGGCGCUCACGCUCACAACUCGCGCGCCCCGGGCAGAGCCGCGCGCGCCGGCCGCACUCUCGCGCGCGCACUGUUAGGCGCGCGCCGGCCGCACUCGCGCGCGCGCACACAUUUCCGCGGCGCUCGCUCCCCGGGCUCCGGCUCGGGCCCUCAGGCGCAGCUCCACGCCGCCGCCGCCGCCGCCGCCGCCGCCGCCACGGAUGCCAGCAGCUGCUCCCAUCUGCAGUGCAGCAGCCCCGGCCGCCGGCCGGUCCGCCCCGGCUCCCCGCUGGAGGAAUCGCGCCCGGACGCUGGCCCCGCUCGCGGCUAGUCUGCUCGCCAGGGCGCAGCGAGGAUGGGAGGGUCGCAGUCCUUGCAGCCAGUCCCAGCCAGCGACCCGAACCUGGAGGCUUCCGAGGCAAUGAGUUCUGACUCUGAAGAAGCAUUUGAGACCCCCGAGUCGACGACUCCUGUCAAAGCUCCCCCUGCCCCACCCCCGCCGCCCCCUGAAGUCACUCCAGAACCUGAGAUCAGCGCACAGCCUCCCCUGGAAGAACCAGGCUGCGGUUCUGAGCCGGCCUCUGUCCCCGAUGGCCCACGCAGCAGCUCGGUGGAAGGGAGCCCCUUCCGCCCCCCGUCACACUCCUUCUCCGCCGUCUUCGAUGAAGACAAGCCUAUAGCCAGCAGCGGGACUUACAACUUAGACUUUGACAGCAUCGAGCUGGUGGAUGAUUUCCAGACAUUGGAGCCCCGCUGCUCGGACUCUAAGAGUCAGGAAUGCAAAGUGAACACGCGGAGGAAAUCCACGGAUUCCGUGCCCACCUCCAAGGCCACGCUGUCCCGCUCUCUCAGCCUGCAAGCUAGUGACUUUGAUGGUGCUUCUUGCUCAGGCAACCCCGAGGCCGUGGCCCUGGCCCCAGAUGCGUACAGCACGGGUUCAAGCAGCGCUUCCAGUACCCUUAAGCGAACUAAAAAACCAAGGCCACCUUCCUUAAAAAAGAAGCAGACCACUAAGAAACCCACUGAAACCCCCCCAGUGAAAGAGACGCAGCAAGAACCAGUGGAAGAGAAUCCUGUCCCCAGCGAGGAGAACCGAGCAUUCGAGACAAAACCGGAAUUGGCCAAGACAGAAGGUUCUGUACCAGCCCUCUUGGAGGAGACGCCCCUGGAACCCACUGCUGUGCCCAAGGCUGCCUGCCCUCUGGACUCCGAGGGUGCUGAAGGGGCCAUCCCCCUGGCUUCUGGAAGUGGCAGAGUGCAGAACUCGCCUCCGGUUGGAAGGAAAGCAUUGACUCUUGCCACGGCUCCGGAGGCGGUGGAGGUGACCCCAUCGGAGAGUGGGGGGCAGGAGGACUCCCCAGUCAAAGGGCUCUCGGUGAGGCUGGAGUUUGACUAUUCUGAGGACAAGGGUAGUUGGGACACCCAGCAGGAAAACCCCCCUCCUACCAAAAAGCUAGGCAAGAAGCCGGUUGCCAAAAUGCCCUUAAGGAGGCCAAAGAUGAAAAAAACACCCGAGAAACUGGACAACACUCCUGCCUCGCCUACCAGAUCCCCCGAUGAACCCAAUGACAUCCCUAUUGCUAAAGGUACCUACACCUUUGAUAUUGACAAGUGGGAUGACCCCAAUUUUAACCCUUUUUCUUCCACCUCAAAAAUGCAAGAGUCUCCCACACUGCCCCAACAGUCCUACAACUUUGACCCAGACGCCUGUGACGAAUCCAUUGACCCUUUUAAGACAUCCUCUAAAACCCCCAGCUCGCCUUCUAAAUCCCCAGCCUCCUUUGAGAUCCCAGCCAGUGCCAUCGAAGCCAAUGGAGUGGACGGGGAUGGGCUGAACAAGCCCGCCAAGAAGAAGAAGACGCCCCUAAAGACUGACACAUUCAGGGUGAAAAGGUCGCCAAAACGGUCUCCUCUCUCUGAUCCACCUUCUCAGGACCCCACGCCAGCGGCAACACCAGAAACGCCGGUCAUCUCUGCGGUGGUCCACGCCACCGAUGAGGAGAAGCUGGCCGUCACCAACCAGAAGUGGACGUGUGUGACGGUGGAUCUGGAGGCUGACAAACAGGACUACCCGCAGCCCUCGGACCUGUCCACCUUCGUCAAUGACACCAAAUUCAACUCACCCACGGAGGAGUUGGAUUACAGAAACCCCUAUGAAAUUGAAUAUAUGGAGAAAAUUGGCUCCUCCUUACCUCAGGACGAUGAUGCCCCGAAGAAGCAGGCCCUGUACCUUAUGUUUGACGCUUCUCAGGAGAGCCCCGUCAAGUCUCCCCCGGUCCGGACGUCAGAGUCCCCGACGCCGUGUUCAGGGUCGAGUUUUGAGGAAACUGAAGCCCUUGUAAACGCUGGGGCAAAGAUCCAGCAUCCUGUCACACGAGGACUGGCUCCCAACCAAGAGCCACACUUGCAGGUGCCAGAGAAAUCCUCCCAGAAGGAGCUGGAGGUCAUGACCUUGGGCACUGCUUCAGACGCGAUUGAAAUUACAGCUCCUGAGGGCUCCUUUGCCUCUGCUGACGCCCUUCUCAGCAGGCUAGCUCAUCCAGCCUCUCUCUGUGGUGCGCUUGACUAUCUGGAACCCGACUUAGCAGAAAAGAACCCCCCAGUAUUUGCCCAGAAACUUCAGAGAGAGGCUGCUCACCCAACAGAUGUCUCCAUCUCCAAAACAGCCUUGUACUCCCGCAUCGGGACCUCUGAGGUGGAGAAGCCUACAGGCCUUCUGUUCCAGCCACCUGACCUGGACUCCGCACUCCGGAUUGCCAGAGCAGAGAUCAUAACCAAGGAGAGAGAAGUCUCGGAGUGGAAGGACAAAUACGAAGAAAGCAGGCGGGAAGUGAUGGAAAUGAGGAAAAUAGUGGCGGAGUAUGAGAAGACCAUCGCUCAGAUGAUAGAGGAUGAGCAGAGGGAGAAGUCCGUCUCCCACCAGACCGUCCAGCAGCUGGUCCUAGAGAAGGAGCAAGCUCUGGCCGACCUGAACUCUGUGGAGAAAUCUCUGGCUGAUCUCUUCAGGAGAUAUGAGAAGAUGAAGGAGGUCCUUGAGGGUUUCCGCAAGAAUGAAGAGGUGCUGAAGAAGUGUGCACAGGAGUACCUGUCCCGGGUAAAGAAAGAGGAGCAGAGGUACCAGGCCCUGAAGGUGCACGCGGAGGAGAAGCUGGACAGGGCCAACGCUGAGAUCGCGCAGGUCCGAGGCAAGGCCCAGCAGGAGCAGGCUGCCUACCAGGCCAGUCUGCGGAAGGAGCAACUUCGUGUGGACGCUUUAGAGAGGACGCUGGAGCAGAAGAAUAAAGAGAUAGAAGAACUCACCAAGAUUUGUGAUGAACUGAUUGCCAAAAUGGGGAAAAGCUAACUUUGAACCAAAUGUUUGGACUUGACCAUUGCGUGCAAUAUGACCGUCGGCUCACUGCUGUCCUUCCCGUUACGUGGACAGGUUCUGUUUUCACUUUUUCGUAUGCACUACUGUAUUUCCUUUCUAAAUAACAUUGAUUUGAUUGUAUGCAGUACUAAAGGAGACUAUCAGAAUUUCUUGCUAUUGGUUUGCAUUUUCUUAGUAUAAAUUCAUAGCAAGUUGACCUCAGAGUUCCUGUAUCAGGGAGAUUGUCUGAUUCUCUAAUAAAAGACAAAUCGCUGACCUUGGCCUUGCCCUUUGUACAUGAGUUCCCAGGGUGAGCGGCUUUUGGAUUUAAUAUGAACAUGUAUAGUUUGCACGGGGACUCUUGCCUUAAGGAGUGUAAACUUGAUCUGCAUUUGCUGAUUUGUUUUAAAAAAAAUGCAUGUUUCAAAUAAAAUUCUCUAUUGUAAAUAAAUUUUUUUCUUUGGAUCUUGGCAAUA